GGGUCCUCUCUGCAAGCUGGGCGGGAGUGAUGGGCCAGGCCCAUGCGGGGAGCGGCCACCCCCUCAGCCUGGAGGAGUAGGGCUAGUCUGGGGAGAGGGCGCUGGAUUCCCUGGAUCGCGGACAUUCCAGGCGAGAUAAACGACGAGGGCGGGCAAGCGAAGCGGCCGCUUCUCCUGCGCCCUCGCUGGGAUCUCGCUUGUGCCGGGCUGAGGGAUUCCAGCUGGAGCUCGAGAGCGGACGCUCCAGCCUAGGCCUGUUAUGGAGGCCGGGAAUCUCCUGAGCGGCGUGGCCGCGGUGCUGCCAGCGGGCGGGAGCGGGGAGCGCCUGGGGAGCGCCACCCCGAAGCAGUUUUGCGCCCUGCUGGGCAGGCCGCUCAUCAGCUACACGGUGCAGGCGCUGGAGAGAAUAAACUGGAUCUCAGAUAUUGUGGUGGUGGUGUCUCUAGAAAACAUUGAAACAAUGAAGUCUAUCAUUGAAAAAUAUGGCCACAAACGAAUUAUGGUUGUAGAAGGUGGAAUGACUCGCCACCGAUCAAUUUUCAAUGGAUUGAAAAUCUUUCCAGAGAGCAAGCUUUCCAGCUGUCCACUCCAGAAACCAGAAGUAGUGAUUAUCCAUGAUGCUGUGAGGCCAUUUGUCGAGGAAGAUAUUCUUCUUAAAGUGGUUUUGGCUGCUAAAGAACAUGGGGCAGCAGGAGCAAUCCGUCCUCUUGUCUCUACUGUUGUUGCUCCCUCUGCAGAUGGUUCCUUAGACCAUUCACUAGAACGUGUCAGGUACAGAGCAAGUGAAAUGCCUCAGGCUUUCCUAUUUGAUAUAAUCUAUCAAGCAUAUCAUCAGUGUAGUGAUUAUGACCUGGAUUAUGGGACAGAAUGUUUGCAGUUGGCUCUAAAAUACUCUAAAACAAAUGCCAAACUUAUUGAAGGAUCGCCUGACCUCUGGAAGGUGACCUACAAGCGGGAUCUGUAUGCUGCUGAAUCAAUUAUUAAGGACAAUCUAUCACAACAAGUUUGUGUUACCACUGAUAUGAAAGAAGAUGCUGUGCAGUUCGGUUUUCUCCUUCAUGAAACUCUGAAAAGCGAAGUAAAACAGGUUAAAGGCAUAUCAGUGUUUCUAUGUAAAAAUGAUAAUCAUCUACAGAACAUCUUUUUAGGACAAUGCUACAAUUUUAUUUGCAUAAAUGCUGAAAAAUCUGACGUUAAAGAAACCCAGCAACUAGUUGAUAUACUUGAAAAUGCAAGAAUUUCUGUCUUGCAUCCAGUUAUUCUUAUUUCGGUCCAUUUGAAUGUUUCAGAAAAUAUGUCUUUCAGCAGUGGAAUGGAAGAACUGGCUGGGAUAAAGAAAUUUGCAAGGGAAGUGAAAAAGAAAAAUAUUUUGGUUUAUGGUCUUCUCAUCCAUUAUAAUAAGGAUGAUCCAAAGCUUCAGGAGACAAUAAAUUCUGCUGCUGCCAUUAUCUCUGCAUUAAUAAAGGACAGAAGUCCAGAGCUGAUUGGUCAGCUGUUGGUAGCAUGAAUAACUAAAUCAUUUGUAGCUAUCAGAAGUAUUUCUUUUUCUUCAUGUGUUUACCAGUGUUCUUGAAACGUUUUACUCUGUGACAAAAUCACUAGACUUACAACAUUUGCUAUUAGAAUAUUUUAUCAGCAUAAAAUGUAAGUCUGACCUUGUGUUGAGAUGAAAGUGGAAAUGAAAUAAAAGGUGCUGUGAGGUGCACCAGG